GUUAUCUUGCCCUAUCUCAAAAGGGCACGGUUGGAGUCGAUUAGGCAUUUUGUAGGAAUUAAAGUCGAUCGCCAACUCAUCACCGCAUUGGUGGAGAGAUGGAGAAUGGAGACGCAUUGUUUCAACUUUCGUGAAGGGGAGUGCACCAUCACACUCAAGGACGUCGCCAUCCUAACUCAUCUGCCUAUCGACGGCAAAGCGGUGUGUGUAAGUGAUCAUCCCCCGAGGAUCGUGACGGUAUGA